AUGUGUAGGGUCCUGUUGGCGGCCCUAGAGGGCGCUGUGACCAGUAUCCUUUUCUCCAUGCCUCAUGGCGAGGGAGGUCAUCAUCGCUCACUCACCCGUGGCGGCCCAAUGGCUGUUACCAUAGAGCGCCAGCAGUCUGGCCGUGGCCCUCCUAAAGUGGAGAAGUUCUCGGAUGCCUCAGUCGCCAUACUUGUGGCUGAGAAGAUACUCCGCGUGUCGGGGGAUAAAAAACUCCGGGACAAGAACCGAGAUUUCCUCCUCGCCUCCUUCACACUGCAUCACAGUCAGGUCCGUGUCGGUCUACUUUCUGUACGUUUCGUCAAGACCGGUAUAACUGUUAUGAUGAGCUCCCGCAGCGAACCCGAGGUAGCGAGGAGUGUCUUUGCGGCAAUACAGGAGAGCCAGAAGUCAUGUGUCAAGCGUGCGCUCAGUCGGGCAGCACCAGCCUAUGCCAGUCUACAGCGACCAACUGCCGCGGCGUGCCCAACUCCCAAUCCGACCGAUCGGAAACGUCUCAAUACUUUCGCCUCACCCCAUAGGAUAUCCCCAUCACGAUGGUCACCUCCGACGGCACCCAAGUUGAAGGGGCCACUCCGGAGAGGUGGUCUGCCGAUGACUCCAGGCCGGCCGCCUAUCCCACCAGGGUCCAGCAGGAAAUCUCCGGCUACCAUGGCGGGACCAAAAAUGACUUCCGAGCAGAAAAAGGUCGUCGAGGCGGUCCUGGGUGGCAAGAGCGUUUUCUUCACUGGAGGUGCUGGUACCGGCAAGUCAUUCGUCCUCCAUCGUCUCAUUCGCCUCCUUAAGCCCGAUUAUACAGCAGUAACAUCCUCCACAGGGCUCGCUGCCUCCCAUCUGGGCGGCCAGACCAUACACAGUUUUGCCGGUAUUGGUUCCGGCGCGCGAGAUGCACCCGCCCUGGCUCAGAAGAUCAAGCGGUCACCUGAGCUUCUCGGUCGGUGGAAACGGGUGAAGACUCUUAUCAUUGACGAGAUCUCCAUGCUUGAGGGGAGACUCUUCGACAAGCUGGAGCAAAUCGCUCGGCUGGUGCGCCAAGACAAUAGGCCUUUCGGAGGGAUACAGCUGGUGCUCACUGGAGACUUUCUGCAGUUACCUCCUGUCAGUCAGACCAUGCCCAAUGGGAAAAAGGAGGAACCCUCAUUCUGUUUUGAAGCCGCCUCCUGGAGGAAGUGCAUUCAUAAGACGAUGCUUUUGAGGGAGGUCAAGAGACAGGAGGGAGAUGCAACAUUCACGACGAUGCUGAAUCAGAUCCGUCGAGGUAUAUGUUCCCAAGAGACCCAAGAUAUCCUCUCCCUGGUUGCACAACGGAGGCACAAAGUGCUCACAGGGGGCGUGGUGGCAUCACAGCUACUGCCGACGAGGAGAGAAGUGGAUGCAAUCAAUGAGCGAGAGUUGGCACGAUUAUCCACACCGCCGAUUACCUUUACAGCUAUGGACACAGUUUAUGACUCUACCAGUCUGAACUUAGACGUCAUGUGUUCAGCCCGUGCCAAGGUGGUGCUUAAAGUCGGAGCUCAAGUUAUGUUGACGAAGACCUUCUCCCCUCAGAAGCGGCUAGUGAACGGAAGUCGUGGCAUCAUCGUUCGGUUCACCAAGACCCCCUGCCUGCCGAUCGUCAAGUUUAUCACCACUGGGGAGGAGGAGAUAACUAUCCCAUUAGAUGAGUGGGUCUUUUAUAACACAGCCUCUACUGGUGGACAAGCAGUCGAGCUUGGGCGGCGACGACAAAUCCCUCUGCAGCUUGCCUGGGCUAUAAGUAUCCAUAAGAGUCAAGGUAUGACCUUGGACUGCGCCGUCAUCAAGCUUGAUACCAUUUUCGAAUAUGGUCAGGCCUACGUGGCGCUCUCUCGGUGCAGGUCCUUGGAGUCUGUCAGUAUCACUUCCGCUAGUCGCAAUUUCAAAAUGGCCAUCCGAGCUAAUCCGAAAUGCCUGAAGUUUUAUGAAGAGUUGGAUGAUGCAGAUUUAAUUCAUACCAAGACUCGUGAGUAAAACCAUUGCAGGCGAACAACGUUAGCCAGGCUAACGUUCUAACGU